GCGGCCCCGGGGCCGCUUGCUUCCUGUUUGUCGGACGAGGAGACAUGGCGGCGGCGCCGGCGGCUGCUGGGUCUGGGGCCGGCCGAGGGCGACGGGCAGCGGCAACGGUGGCGGCUUGGGGCGGAUGGGGCGGCCGGCCGCGGCCCGGUAACAUUCUGCUGCAGCUGCGGCAGGGCCAGCUGACCGGCCGGGGCCUGGUCCGGGCCGUGCAGUUCACUGAGACAUUUUUGACGGAGAGGGACAAACAGUCCAAAUGGAGUGGAAUUCCUCAGCUGCUCCUGAAGCUGUACGCAAGCAGCCACCUCCACAGUGACUUCAUUGAGUGCCAAAACAUCCUCAAGGAAAUUUCUCCUCUUCUCUCCAUGGAGGCUAUGGCAUUUGUUACUGAAGAGAGGAAACUUACCCAAGAAACCACUUAUCCAAAUACUUAUAUUUUUGACUUGUUUGGAGGCGUUGAUCUCCUUGUAGAAAUUCUUAUGAGGCCUACAAUCUCUAUCCGGGGACAGAAACUGAAAAUAAGUGAUGAAAUGUCCAAGGACUGUUUGAGCAUCCUGUAUAAUACCUGUGUCUGUACGGAAGGAGUUACAAAGCGUUUGGCAGAAAAGAAUGACUUUGUGAUCUUCCUGUUUACGUUGAUGACGAGUAAGAAAACAUUCUUACAAACAGCAACCCUCAUUGAAGAUAUUUUGGGUGUUAAAAAGGAAAUGAUCCGACUAGAUGAAGUCCCCAAUCUGAGUUCUUUAGUAUCCAAUUUUGAUCAGCAGCAGCUUGCUAAUUUCUGCCGGAUUCUGGCUGUCACCAUUUCAGAGAUGGAUACAGGGAAUGAUGACAAGCACACACUACUUGCCAAAAAUGCUCAGCAGAAGAAGAUCUUGAGCUUAGGACCCUCCGCAGCUGAAAUCAACCAAGCGGCCCUUCUCAGCAUCCCUGGCUUUGUUGAGCGGCUUUGCAAGCUUGCGACUCGAAAGGUGUCAGAGUCAACGGGCACAGCUAGCUUCCUUCAGGAGUUGGAGGAGUGGUACACAUGGCUAGACAAUGCUUUGGUGCUGGAUGCCCUGAUGCGAGUGGCUAAUGAGGAGUCUGAGCACAAUCAAGCCUCCAUUGUGUUCCCUCCUCCAGGGGCUUCUGAGGAGAAUGGCCUGCCUCACACUUCCACCAGGACCCAGCUGCCUCAGUCAAUGAAGAUCAUGCAUGAGAUCAUGUACAAACUGGAAGUGCUCUAUGUUCUCUGCGUGCUUCUGAUGGGGCGUCAGCGAAACCAGGUUCACAGAAUGAUCGCAGAGUUCAAGCUGAUCCCCGGGCUCAAUAAUUUGUUCGACAAGCUGAUUUGGAGGAAGCACUCAGCAUCUGCCCUUGUCCUCCAUGGUCACAACCAGAACUGUGACUGUAGCCCGGACAUCACCUUGAAGAUACAGUUCUUGAGGCUUCUCCAGAGUUUCAGCGACCACCACGAGAACAAGUACCUGCUGCUCAAUAACCAGGAGCUGAACGAACUCAGUGCCAUCUCUCUCAAGGCCAACAUCCCUGAGGUGGAAGCCGUCCUCAACACUGACAGGAGUUUGGUGUGUGAUGGGAAGAGGGGCUUAUUAACUCGUCUGCUGCAGGUCAUGAAGAAGGAGCCAGCCGAAUCAUCAUUCAGGUUUUGGCAAGCCCGGGCUGUGGAGAGUUUCCUCCGAGGGACCACCUCCUAUGCAGACCAGAUGUUCCUGCUGAAGCGAGGCCUUCUGGAGCACAUCCUGUACUGCAUCGUGGACAGCGAGUGCAAGUCGAGGGAUGUGCUCCAGAGUUACUUUGACCUUCUGGGGGAAUUGAUGAAGUUCAAUGUUGAUGCAUUCAAGAGAUUUAAUAAAUAUAUCAACACUGAUGCAAAGUUCCAGGUGUUCCUGAAGCAGAUCAACAGCUCUCUGGUGGACUCCAACAUGCUGGUGCGCUGCGUCACGCUGUCGCUGGACCGGUUCGAAAAUCAGGUAGACAUGAAAGUUGCUGAGGUCCUGUCCGAGUGCCGCCUGCUUGCCUACAUAUCCCAGGUGCCCACACAGAUGUCCUUCCUCUUCCGCCUCAUCAACAUCAUCCACGUGCAGACACUGACCCAGGAGAACGUCAGCUGCCUCAAUACCAGCCUGGUGAUCCUGAUGCUGGCCCGGCGGAAAGAGCGGCUGCCCCUGUACCUGCGGCUGCUGCAGCGAAUGGAACACAGCAAGAAGUACCCCGGCUUCCUACUCAACAACUUCCACAACCUGCUGCGCUUCUGGCAGCAGCAUUACCUGCACAAGGACAAGGACAGCACCUGCCUGGAGAAUAGCUCCUGCAUCAGCUUCUCAUACUGGAAAGAGACCGUGUCCAUCCUGUUGAACCCAGACCGCCAGUCACCCUCUGCCCUCGUCAGCUACAUUGAGGAGCCCUACAUGGACAUAGACAGGGACUUCACCGAGGAGUGACCUUGGGCCAGGCCUCGGGAGGCUGCCGGGCCAGGGCCAGUGUGGGUGAGCGUGGCGACUCUGGUUCUGUUUGCUCACUGGCCGCUGUGUUCAUCCCAGGGGGUUUCCCUAGAAGUGGGGACCCUUUUCUUCCAUCCCUUGGGGCACCGGGUGGCUGUGCCCUGCCCCAAGGCAGCGUCUCCUGCCUGAGCCCACACACACAGGAGCCUGGCUAGGAACACACCCUUGGCCCCUCCUUGUGUUGCCAAUUUAUUAACAACAAAUAAACCAAUUAAAUGGAGACUAUUAAAGAACUUUAUUUUAAA